AUGGCAAGAACAUCGGCGGCUCAUGGCUUCGUGUCCACGGCACGACGCCGCGCCGCUGCCACAGCACUCUUGCUCUUGGCUGCUGUCACGCUGCUCACCAGCACGUGCUUGUGUGCCGUGGCGGCAGAGGUGCCAAACCCAGCGUUCCCCCAAGCCACAGCACACCUCGAACGUUACGCCAGCAGCAUCGAGGCGUCAGCCACGUGUGGCACCAGUGAUGCUGCAACAGACUACUGCGAACUUGCAAGCAACCCUCUGCGCUGCUCCCAGACUCGCGUGUGCAACAACGACUGUCCCAACACAGAGAUCCCAGCACAGCUCACGCCCCUCUUUCCCCUUGCCGGAAUUCCAAACGAGCGCGUUACCUUGAAUGGCACGGAGGUGUACUCCAUCCCCUUGGACGAGUCGUUCUCCCUGCCCACCGUGCCCUCAAUUGCCUUCUCCCUCGCGCUCACGCCAUCGUUUUUCGACUCAAGGCCGCUGGUUGGCGUGUAUACGGAGGAUGACGAGCUGGUAUUUGAGUUGCAGGUGGACACGCAACGGCAGCGGCUCGUGUUGCAGUACACCGCGUUUGUGGACAGCCGGCAGCUGCAAGAGUUCAGCGUGCCGCUCGCCAUUCCCUCUUCCCUGUACGAUGGCGCAGAGCACCACCUCGUGUUUGCCCUGCAUCAGCUGCGGGCCACCGCUUACGUGGACGGUGCCUUUGCAGCAACAGCGGCACUGCCCACCUACCCAGACUUCAUGCGCUGCGUGCCCAUCCUGCAGUCCUUUGGCAUCUGUGGCCCAGACCGCCUCUUCCUUGGUGCAACUCCAGCUGGAGUCGCGCCGCAGGACAACUACAUGGGCACGCUGGCCAGUGUCAUGGCGGCAGACGCCGCACUUGUGGAGCAGGAGGCAGCGAGCCUGAGCACGGCCGCCCUCCGUACCGAGCCGGCGCUGACUGCGCUUGUUGGCGGCGCUCGCUUGCCUGCAAGCACGUGCCUGUGCCCGCGCACCUACCCGCUGCUCCUGCGCGCGGACGCGACGCAGUGCGCAACCGCAGCAAGCGAGGGCCAGGGCAUCAGCGGCACAGCUCGCAUUCGCACGGGCACGGGCGCGUUCUACCCGGAGUUUGCCCUGGAUGAGGAUCCAACCACCAUCUGGCAGGCGCCACGGGGCAUCGAUCAGGUCAACCUCACCCUCACCUUGCCCGUGCAGCAGCAUGUCACUGCCAUCACCCUCAAGUUCCAGGGCUACUCGCCACGCGCCUACGACAUCCUCUUCUCCCCAACUUCUUCACCCAGUGGCGCUGACGGCGACAGUGGCGACACCAGCUACCGCCACAUCGUCGCUGUGCGGGAAUCAUGCCCUGAACCUGCCGUGUCCACGCCGCUGCUUGACGGCGGCUCUCCACUCAUCUGCAUCCCGGCUGUGCUCGGCCUCCAGCGCACCGUGACCCUGACGCCCUUCACAGACGCGCGCGUGCUGGCCGCUGCCGGUGACGUCAGCACCUGGCAAGCGAGCGAGACCCUGCUUGCACUCUCGCAGGCACGGCGCAUCCGCAUCCGCUUCCUGGAUCACGGCAUUCUCGAUGGCUUCCUCAGCCUGCAGCAGGGCCGCUACUACGCCCUGCGUGACGUGGCUGUCGCGGGCUCGUGCGUCUGCAACGGACACGCGGAGGUGUGCGGGCCGGAAACGGGCUUUGCGUGCCAGUGCGAGCAUGGCACCACGGGCACGGCGUGCACCGAGUGCGACACCCUCCUCAAUGACGCACAGUGGCAGCCCUCCAUCGUCGACCAGCCAUCAUUCGAGUGCCAGCCCUGUGAGUGCAACGGCCACGCAAACGCGUGCAUGUUCAAUGCAACACUCGCCGGGCAGUCGGGCACGAGCAACCUGUCUGGCGGUGGCCAGUGCGUUGACUGCGGCGCCAACACCACAGGGCCCAAAUGCGGUCAGUGCGCCGAUGCCUACUACCUGCCAAGCAACGUCGCCAUCAACAGCACAGACCCCUGUGAACCGUGUGCGUGCGACGCGAGGGGCUCGCGCGCGUUCACGUGCCAGCAGGGCUCGGGCCAGUGCGCCUGCAAGCAGAACGUGGUUGGUAUCAAGUGCGACACGUGUGCCCCUGGGUUUGUCAACCUGCAAGCCAGCAACCCAGAUGGCUGCGAGCUGUGCACGUGCAAUCCAACAGGCACAGUGGAUGGGGCAUCCGUGUGCAGUGCGGAGGACGGGGCAGACCCGUGCACGUGUAAGCCAAACGUGCGUGGUUUCUCCUGCGAUGAGUGCGCCCCAGACACCUUUGGCUUUGGCAGCGACCCCACCAACGGGUGCACACCCUGCCACCCACAAUGCCAGGGCGGCUGCACCGGCCCCACCGCCAGUGACUGCGCAUCAUGCGCCAACGUCCACUUGGCCAACGGCACUUGCCUUGCCACCUGCCCGCCUCGAUUCUACCCGACCGACGAUGCUGCUGGUGAUGGUGAUGGUGCCGGCGUGUUGUGCAGCCCGUGUGGCGAUGAGUGCCUCACUCUGACCAUCACGCCAGCAACCGUCGAGCUGAGCGAGGCGGCAGACGCGGGCAAUCUUGUUGCCCAAAUCACCUUCUCCUCUCCCUACAACGUGCUCGGCCCUGACCCUGCCCUGCAAGUGGCUUUUGCCAUUGAUGACGCAGCAGCACCCUUCGACAUUGUUGUUGACGAGGCAGCCAACGCUGACCCAUCAACACAGCAAGGCACUGCCCGCGUUGUGGUUGGCAGCGCAGGCUUGGACUACGAGCUCAGGCAGCGGUACAUCCUCUCUGUGCAGGCGAGCAUUGCUGGUGCUGGCGUGACAACGUCAUCCGCGCUCACUGUCAGUGUUCUCAACAUCAACGACAACGCGCCCCAAAUCACCCCAUCUGCCGACUUUUCUCUGGCCAUUGACGAGGAAUCGCCUGUUCGCGGUCGCGUCGUUACGCUGCAGAGCGUCGAGGAUGCAGACCUUGGCGCCGCUGGCGAGGUUGACCUUGCACUGACACAGACAAUCACCGACGUGGGGAAUGGUGGCAGCAGCAGUAGUAGUAGUAGUGGUGCGGGUGGUGGUGGUGGUGCUGACGAUGAUGAGGCGUACUUUACACUCAACGGCUAUGCCAUUGAGCUUGCGCGCCGCCUGGACUAUGAAACAGGCCCGCACGCCUUUGAGCUUGUCGUCACGGCAACAGACCGCGGCCUUCCACCACAGCAGACGAGCCUUCGUGUCACCGUCACCGUCAAUGACAUCAACGACCACGCACCUGCAUCCGUUCAGCCGUCGUUUCAGUUUGACGUGGCGGAAGAAACACCCACCAACACCCGUGUGGGCGCUGUUGGUGUUUCGGACCCUGAUUCCGGUGACAACGGGCGCUUGGCGUUUGGCAUCACAACUGCGACAGGCUACAUCCCAGUCACGGGUGUCGUCCCCAUCGCUUACUCACUCAAUGGUGGACGAGGCGAUGCGCUUUCUCUGCCAUUCAACAUCGACGCCAGCAACGGCACGCUGUACCGCAAUGACGUGCGCUUGGACCGUGAUAACCGCAACCCGACCCGCUACCACCUGACGGUGACCGUCACCGAUGCCGGCACUCCACCGCGUGCCACCAGCGUCAAUGUUACCGUCAACGUCCUCGACAUCAACGACAACGCUGCCGUGUUCGACAGCGAUGAGGAGCGUGUGCAAGUGCCAGAGUCAACCGCCAUUGGCACCAUGGUGGCACACUUCUCUGCAGUGGACACCCUGGACACGGCACCAAACGCAGACGUCACGUACCACAUUGGCGCCUGGCGUGCAUACGUCGCUGCCAGCAGCGUUCCAAGCACUGGCCACGGCGAGACACCUGCGUGGGUAACGGUGGCUGAGGGGGAUGCCGCGUCUGCAACGCAACUUCCCUUCCGCAUUGACCGAAACACGGGCGCCGUUGAAAUCACCGCACCCGGGCUUGACUAUGAGGCUGUCCAGCUCUACAACGUGACCAUCGUUGCGGUUGAUAGCAGCAGCGAGCCGCUUCCUGCGUAUGCAGCCCUGCGCGUGCGCGUCCAGGAUGUGAACGAGCACGCGCCAGCCUUCAGCGUGGGCGAGAUUGCCUGUGUCUUGCCAGAGGGCGUGUACACAACCACCGCGGACAGCAACGAUGCCUUUGUCUGCGCGACCGUGGUGGUGCAGGAUCAAGACGCAUCCUACAACAACUCUCGUCUCUCCUUCUCCCUGCUGGCAGUUGAUCAAGAUGCGCCCGCCAGCGACAACCUUGCCCUGCACGUUGCUGAUGUGCGGCAGGCGGGCGCAAAUGCCGUGUCCACCACAACCCUGCGCGUGGUGGUUGUUGGCGUGCUUGACUACGAGACAACCACCCACAUCCGCGCGCGGUUGCGAGCACAGGACGCAGGCACACCACAGCUCUCCUCCCUGAUCAGCGUGCGUGUGAACAUCACCAACAUUGAGGAUGAGCCGCCCCGCCUGCUGCGCUUCGAACCAAACACACGCCUCCGCGACAAUGCACCAGACGCCACCAGCGUCCCCGUUGUUGCGCCUGCCGUGUCCGCUGCUGCUGUGCAGCAAUAUCAGCCACCGCGCACGCGUGAGGGUGCUGCCGAUGGCACCCCGUCCCUGUUUGGACGCAUCGAAAUCAACGCAACGGAAGCGCUCAAGACUGGCGUGACUCUUGGCGCCUUUGUCGCCACCGAUCCAGACACACAGGACAAUCAGCAGCAGCAGCAGCAGGACCAGGGCCAGCAAUUGUGGUUUUCCGUUGUCAAUGCGUCGUCCGCAACCGACGCGCCGUUUGUGGUGCUGAGCAACGGGUCCAUGGUGUUGAAGCAACCACUUGAUUUCGAGUCGGAGUGGCGGCACGAGGCAUUGCUUGCCAUCAGGGAUGCAACUGGAGAGGAAAUGGCGUACUACACGCUGGUGGUGAACGUGGAUGGCGCAAACGACAACGCCCCCAUGCUUGCUGAUGGAAGCACAAGCAUUCGUUUUGCGGUUCAGGAGAACACACCCAUUGGUACCACCGUCCAUGUGAUCAAUGCAGUCGACGCAGACACGAGCGACGUGCUGUCGUUCUCCUUGCAGGCCAAUCCUGGCGUCACUGUGCCGUUUGAUGUGCAGGGCAACAGCCUGGUUGUUGCCGGGGAUGGCUUGGACUUUGAGGAAGAAACGUCUCAUGCGUUUGUGAUCCGCAUCAGCGACAACGGCAUCCCGCAACCCCAAUCUACAGACGUCCUCGUUCGCGUGCAAGUGACCGACGUCGACGACAACCCAGUUGUCUUGUGGCUUUCCGACAACGCCAACAUCACCUAUGGCGAGAACGCCGCGCCUGUGCCGCUCUUUGAUGGUGCGCGCCUCACAGAUGCAGACUCCUCGCCAUCUUCCGUGUUCUGGCUUGCUGUGUGCGCGCACAUAGCCGGCAGCAGCGCAACAACGGCGGGUGAACUGGAUCCCACCACACAGCUGGACUGCGCUCAAACACCGCCUUAUCGUCGCCGCUUGCUCCCAACCACGGCCCGCAAGUGCGGCGUGGCUUCAGCGGCGUCCGUGUUCAACAACACGAAUGUGCUGUUUGGAUCAUGGAGCUAUGACAGUGACCUGCCGUUCACCGUUAGUGAUGGCGAAGCAAGUGGUGGUGUUGGUGACGCAAGCGCCUUUGUGACGUUUGACAGCGAUGCGCUCCGCCCAGAAGCGCAGGAGCUUCCUGGUGACGACGGGGCGUGGCCGCUUGCCAUUUGGGUGCACGCGGCGUUGCCUGCAGGCACCGCGGGGACGUUGCUGCGCAAGGAGGCAGCUGAUGGCCGGCUCGUGCUGGACAUGGCUGUUGUUGCCCCUGAUGUUGGUGAUGACUCAUGGCUGUUGCGUGUGUCCAUGGAAGCGCGUGACACUGCGAGCGUCGACAGCGGCCAGCUCCUGCGCCACAUUGUCACCUUUGAACUGCCAAGCAAUGCCGGUGACACAGAGGACGCGCUGUUGCCAGAGCACUUUGCCAUCGUCGCCUUCUCGUCAACAACACCCGGGGAGGCGCAGCCGCCAGUGUUGAUCGCAGCCAACAUCAACGCCGAAGCGGGUGUCGGUGAAGGCGCUUGGUCGACAUUCUCCUCCCCCUCGUGGCAGCUGGAAGCAACACGGGUCCAACAGCAAGUCGUGGACGAAGCCACGGCCAUUGUCCUGUCCACCAGAGACGUGGCUGGUGUGUCUGCGGGUGCACUUCAAGACGCACCUGGCCCGCUGUAUUUGGGCGGAGCGCCCGCUGCUGCUUCGUCAUCGCUCACAGGUGCCGUCAUUACCGAUGUCGCACUCGUUGGCGGGGAGACGACCACGGCUGCGGAUGUGGUGCGCGCCGUGCAGUGCGCUUCCGCCAGCCCCUGUGGCGGCCAGCUGGUUGCCGUGUUGAGUGGUGCCAGCGAUGAAAGCGCGCUCGCGAGCGUGCGCGUGCAGCGACUCGCCGGUAAUGCCGUCAACAUCACCAACCUCGCCUCCCUCGAUGAAGCACAGCGUGUGUUGCGCGCGCUGCAUUUCACCAACACGGCUGUGGAGCCGCACCUCGCAUUGCGCACGGUCACUGUUUACGCCGCCACUUCCUCUCCUGCCCAGUCGAGCUCUGAUGCUGGUGGCAGUGACAGCGGUAGUAACGGUAGCAGCGGGGUCGGCUCUGUGCUGGGGCGUGUCAGCGUGCGCGUCACGCCCGUGCUGGAUGAACGGCCCAUCUUGGACCUGAGCGCAUCAGCAGACCCGCUGGCGUCAGACACGCUGCAGUGGCUCGUGGACACAACAGUGGAGUUUGUCGAAGGCAGCGAGCAAGGCGUGCGCGUGGCACCGCUGCAAACGACGCGGCUCCUGUCGCUGGACAACGCGCCCAACCCCGCAUACACGCGCGCCAUGCUCACACUGGAGAACAGGCUGGAUGAUCUUGAAGGCGGAAGCGAUCGCCUGCAAGUGAUGAACGCCGGUUCUGCCGACCCAUUCACCGUUUCAUCGUCCUUUGCCGCUGAUGGGUCGUGGCAUCGGCUCGAACUGGUGUUUGACCAAGAACAGCAGCAGCAAGAACAGCAGCAAGGCAGCAGCGCGUCUGCUUCAGCCGUGCUCUCCGCACUGAACCGUGUCGUGUAUGUCAACAGGGUGGAUGAGCCCACCCCAACACCUCGUCGUGUCACCAUUCGGGUGUUGCAACAGCAACAGCAGCAGAGCAUGGUCGAUGCUUCUUCGUCGUCAUCGUCUUCGUCUUCGUCAUCUGUGCAGGCAGCUGCCACCUCUGGUGUGUGGUCUGUGCCUGCCACGACGACGGUUGGCGUGACGCUGGUGAACGACCCUCCAGUUGUGCUGUUUGCACGGGAGGGGUCCCCGGAUGGAGACAACAUUGCAUUUCGGUACCGGGAGGGCGAUGGUGCCGUGCUUCCGCUGCAGAACGUGCUUCGCAUCACGGACAGCGACAGUGCCAACCUGACCUGGGUUGCUGUGCGCAUCUCAAGCACGCUCAAGUCCGGCGAGCAGUUGGACUUCUCGUCAUCGGGCGCUGCUUCCUCACCGCUGUCUCUUGAACGUGUGAGCGCCUCCCACCUCAUACUGCGUGGGCCCGCACCGCUGUCUGUGUUUGAGGAAGCCGUGGCCUCGCUCGUCACCUACAACAACGAUUUCUCGGUUGCCCCGAGCGUGGAGACGCUGCUGGUCGUCACGGCCUCUGAUGGCGAGGACACCAGCAACAGCGCAGGUGUCACCAUCGCCUUCUCUGGCGUCAACUCCGCACCCGUUGUUGGCUGGGAGCACUCCACUGGCGAUGGCAGUGGCAACAACAACAACAACAACAACAACAACAACAACAACAACAGCAGCAGCAGCAUGUCAAUCCUCGCCAACACGUAUGUGGAGGACCACGACGACGCGGGUGAUCCGCUCUUGCUCCUGCCCAGCAUCACGGUGGAGGACGUGGACAGCAACAUCCUGGCGCUGCGCGUGGUUGUGGGCGGCCUGCUUGAUGGCGGGCAGCAGGAGGUGUUUUCCAUGCUGGAUGCAGACGCGCAGUUUGAGCCACAAGUUGGCGACACGUCAUGGGCACUGCUGCGGCAGGGGGUGAUGACACCAGCGCAGGCACAGGCGUACCUCCGCUCCAUCGCGUACGCAAACCGCCGUGCGGAGCCCACCGCAGGCACGCGUACCAUCACCGUGCAAGUGAUUGACACGCACCAGGCCGUGUCCGCCACCUUCACUGCGCGUCUGCUUGUGGUGAACACCAACGAUCCACCCCUGUUGGAUUUGGAUGCGUUUACGGUGGGCAGCGGGUUCUCCGUGCGCGUGCCCGACAGCACAGCACCGCAGAUAAGCCACAUCUCUCGGUUUGACAACAUCACCGUUGCCUUCAACCGCGCGAACAGCCCAUCAUUUGUUGGGUCUGUGCGCGGCACGGUUUCGGGCACCCAGCGCGCAACCGUCGCCUAUCGCAUCAGCCUGUACCGUGCCACGUCAACCGACAGCAGCGGCAACCCUUCAUCCUUUGUUGAGAGCGGGACCGUGCGCCUGGCGACAGAUUCCUCGUUCGUGCUGCCCACAAGCACGGCCGGCGUGAAGUAUGUACGCGUGUUUCCACGCGACUCUGGCAGCGCCAUCCCAGGCACAUGCGCCAACGUCGUGGCGUGCAGCCGCAACGCCUACGCGUUUAUUGCCGUUCCUGCCACUGAGCUCGACGCGCUUGUGGUGUCCGACAUUAUCACGCGCCCUUUUAUUUCCGAUUCGGAGGGCCAACCACUGGCAGGGCUGCGGCUGCAUCUCUCCAACAUCCGCGACACUGGCGAUGGCAGCAGUGAUGGCGACAUGAUGGAUGUGACGGGCGACGAAGGCUUGUAUGUGGACGAGGAAGGCGUGGCCUGGGCACUUGGCCUUGAUGUGGAUGUGGACAGCACCCGUCCCAGCGCCAGCGAGAUGGAGGUGUUUGUGCAGUUCCGCCGCCCCGCGUCGCUCGUGGAGGCGGCGACCGUGCUUGGCUUUGUGCGCUACAGGAACGAGCUUGCAGAGCCCACGCCCGGCGUGCGCACGGUGGCGGUGCGCGCGUUGGAUGUGGAUGGCCUGGAGAGUGAAGACGUGUACGCGCAGCUGGAUGUGCAGCAAUCCAACGACAACGUGCCCGUCCUUGUUGACCCGCACACCAUCUACGUGAGGGAGGACACGACACCCGGCAGCAUCGUGGCCACCGUGACGUGCACGGACGCAGAUGCCGGUGCAGACGGCGCCAUUGUUGGCUUCCAGCUGCUUCUGGACACGUCGUUUGGGUCCUUUGGCAUCGGCUCCGAUGGCAGCGUGUAUCUGCUGCAGACGCUCGACUACGAGCUCGGCUUCCAGUCGGCGUUCUUGCAUGUGCUGUGCAGGGAUGGCGGCUCGCCGAGCCAGGCCACCAGCGGCCUGAUUGAGUUGCACGAUGCCGACCAGGACACCGACCUUGCCGUGGCCACCGUCAUUGGCAACAGCGAUGCGCUCUUCUCCAUUGAGGUUGACAACAGCUUCGACGACGGCAGUGAGGCCACGGCCUCAGAUGCGCUGCUUCGCGUCGCCCUUGCGGGCGCCCUUGACUAUGAGCAGCAUGCACAGCGGUCGGUCACCGUCGUCGUGUCUGAUGGUGUCCACUCCGUGCCCAUCAGCGUGACGUUGGACGUGGAGGACGUGAACGAGUUUGCGCCCGAGAUUGUCUUCGACCCGCCGACGAGCCCCGCCAGCGUCAGCGAGGAUGCAAGCAUUGGCACCGUGGUGCUGACCAUUGUCGUAACAGAUCGGGAUGCAGGCCCACAGGGUGUUGCUUCCCCGCCUGACGUGGAUGUUGCGUUCUUUGCUGGCAGCGGUGCAGCUGACGGCAACGGCACCCCCACGACAGCGUUUUCCUACAACGCGGCCACUGGCGCGGUGGAAGUGGCGCAGAAGCUGGAUUGGACCGAGCAGAACGCAUACUGGGUGAACGUCACGGCACGCGACGGCGGGCGGUGGUCAACACACGCCACCCACCGCAUCAGCGUCCAAGACGUCAACAACAACGCGCCCGCCUUCCUCGACACCAACCUGGCGUUCUCCGUGGACGAAGGCGUGGUGGGCGAGGUAGGCGCGCUUCCAUUUGAGGACCGCGACUCCGACGCAUUCUCCAUCGCAAGCUUCACCAUCGCUGCUGGCGACGAGCAGGGCAAGUUCAGCAUCGCCCAGGACGGCACGCUCGCCACAACGGUGCCGCUUGACCACGAGACGCAGCCGCAGUACUUUCUUGUCGUGUCGCUGACGGAUGCCCUCGACGCGUCGCUCGGCACGUCGUUCAUCAGCGUCGUGGUCAACGUGAACAACCUGCAGGAUGAGGUGCCCGUGUUCCUCACCGCUGACGGCACGCCAACGCCGGCACCUCACCCCACCUUUGCACUCAACGUGAGCGAGGCCGUGCAGGUGAACACGCAGCUCCUGCAGCUGAAUGUGUCGGACCCGGACCACGACUCCAACGGCGAUGGCCUUGCUGACGGUGGUCGCGCGCCAAUCCCGCCCGUCCUCUUCUUUGGUAUUGAGCUGGGGCGGCGUGACGGCGACGUGUUCCUCGACGCAACGGAGUCGCUUGCCGUGAACGUGAGCUCGGGUGCGCUGCGCGUUGUUGCGCCCCUUGACCGUGAGGCGCAUGCCGCGUUCAACCUCACUGUGUACGUGCAGGAUGUUGGCGGGGACACGGCAGCCGCCACUGUGCUGGUGACGCUGCUCGACGUGAACGACAACAACCCGCGCCUGCCUGGUGGCACAACCACACCCACCUACAACGUGCGCGAGGACGCAGAAGUUGGCGCUGUCUUUGCAUCGCUAGGUGCUACAGACCCAGACGCAGGCGCAAACGGGCGUGUGCGCUAUGCGCUGGCAACGGGCGAAGCACCGCGGUUCGUCUCACUGCUGAAUGACGGAUCCCUCGCACUCGCGCGCGGUGUUGAUUACGAGGCAGACGCCACCCCGGACGUGUUUGAUGUUGUGCUGACAGAUGAGGGGGCAAGCCCCGCACCCGGGGCACCCGUCACUAUCACUGUGACUGUGGACAUUGUCAACGUGAACGACGAGCAGCCUGUGAUUGGGGUUGGUGCUGGCGGCGUGUUGCAAGCGAGCGUGUACGAGAACACGCCCGUGGACACGCUAGUGCUACAGGUGAAUGCGAGCGAUCCAGACGGCGCCGUCGUGUCGCCGCUGUCGUUCUCGCUGGAAUCACAGCCGGCUGUGCCCUUUUCCAUUGACGCCGCCACUGGACACCUGCGCGUGGCUGGGCAGCUUGACUUUGAAGCAGUCGCAUCACCAACAUUCUCCGCAACUGUCGUUGUCAGCGACGGCGUGCACACGGUGACAGCGCCAGUGCAGAUUACACUGCUGGACAGGAACGACGAGGCGCCACAGUUUGUGCAGCCGCCGCUGACGUUGAGUGUGUACGAAGAUCACGCUGUGGGCACCAACUUCACGGCUCCGCUGGUCAUUGUGGACGCAGACUCGCCCCCCUUUGACGCGUUUGUGGUGCAGGUGCUUGAUGAUGACACGGGCGCACCGUCAACGGUGUUUGCGUUUGCCAACACAUCGUACGCGCUGGUGCUGCUGGCGCCGCUGGACUUUAGUGUUCGCACGAGCUACGACAUUACGCUCAUCGCCACAGACAGCCACGACGCAGCGCUGGCGUCGUCUGCGUCGGUGACCGUGAUGGUUGUGGACGUCAACAACAACGUGCCAGAGCCCGUCAUGUCCUCGUUUGCGGCGCGCGUGACGGAGAACAGCGAGAUUGGCACGCCAAUCACGCAGCUGCAGGCAACAGACGCAGACGGCGGCGACAAUGCGCGUGUGCGUUUCCAGCUGUCGGCCGACAACCAGACAAACUGCCUCGUGCAACAAGGCGGAGAAAGCGUGCUUGCUGUGAGCAUCGACACCAGCGGCAGCGUCACGGUGGCAGCCGACAUUGACCGGGAGGAACAGCCCACUCUGCAAUGCACGGUUGUCGUUGCGGAUUACGGCACGCCCGUCUCCCUCAGCACGACGGCGGUACUGCGCAUCACCGUUGAGGACGUCAACGACUCGCCACCACAGCUGCCCGCGCCCGGCGCGCUCAUCUACAACGUGUCUGAGACCGCGUCGGUUGGCGAGUUGAUUGGCGUGAUCACCGCCACGGACGCGGACGCUGUGGCCUCGCCCGUGCUGUAUUCCCUUGCUGGCUCAUCGCCACCGCGCUUCUUUGCCUUGGACGCGGUGUCCGGGCGAUUGACAGUGGCAGAAGAGGGUCUGGAUGUGGACGUUGCCGCACAAUACGAUGUGGUGGUAGAGGCGCGCGACCAAGUCAUGACAUCCUUUGUGGGCACUACGACGGUUCGCGUGGUUGUUAAGGACGCCAACACACUCGCGCCCAUGUUGUCAGGACUGUCGGAUGUAGCGUACACGGAGAACACGCCAGCCAUCGUCGUGCUGCCCGGUGUUGGUGUGUCGGACAGCGAUGCGGACUUCCAGGUGCUGCAGUGGGCGACCGUCGCUCUCGUUGGGGACAGCGAUGGUGUUGGCGAUGGGGAGCAGCUUGGCAUCGCACAGGCCGCCGUUGAUGCAGCGGCCGCGAACAGCGGUGUUCGUGUGUGGUUCUCAGACGGCAACCACACCGUCUCCAUUGCGGGAGAGGCGAGUUUGGCCGUGUACGAGCAACUGCUGCAGGCUAUCACGUAUGUGGACAACGCGGAUGAGCCCGCUGCCGCCACACGCCGUGUGGUCGUAACGGUCUUUGACGGUCUGUACACCACGUCGCAAAACACCACCAUCGUCAUUGACCUUGUGCAAGAUUACCCUCCGCUUGUGCUGCUGGAUGCUGCUGGCUCCAGCAUCAAUAUCACAGCCACUGUGCAAGAGCAGCAGAGCCCAGCCGCCCUUUUCUCUGGCGCUGCCAUCAUCGACCAGGACACGGGGACCUGGGACAUCACAGAGUUGCGUGUGGCUAUCGAGGCAAGCUCUCCACCGCAGACCAACGCACUGGCUGUGACAUGUACCAGUGGUGUGUCGUGCGACAGCGCCCAGAUGCAAAUCGUCGUCACGGGUGCUGCCGGCUUGGCGAUGUACAACCAAGUUCUGCAGAGCAUCACGUUUGCUCCCCUCGACGACGCUCCAGUACCUGUUGCUGUCCGCAUCACAGCUUUCAACGCUGUUGGGGAAUCACAGGCGGCCGUGCUGACCGUGGUGGUGGAACCAAUGAACGACGCUCCCGUGGCCACGGUGGCAGCAGCAAGCGUUACCUACAACGAGACAGAGUCAGGCCUGGCUCCGCUCGCUGGCCUGGUGUUGGAGGACGUGGACUCUGCAACACUGUCAUACGCACGCGUGUGGCUGAACGGUCGCCAGAAUGCAACGGAGACCAUCGCUAUUGACGCAACUCCGCUUCCAGCCGGCGUGGCCGUGACGCAGAUGGGCGAGGACACGCUGGUGGUGAACGGCACCGCUUCCCUCGCUGACUUCACGCGCGUACUUGAAUCGCUUGUGUACGCGCACAGCUUUGAUGUGCCACCGACACAGCCGCGGGAGAUUGCCGUGCAGGUUGAGGACGACCAAGGCGCUGCAAGCGCAGUUGCGCGUGUCAGCAUCAACUUUGUCGGUGUCAACGACCUUCCUGUUGUGGAUGUUGGCGGUGCUGGCACGUACGCGGAGGAGGGUGAGCCUGCGGCCGUGUUCCCGAGUGGCGUUGGCAUCAGCGAUGUGGACUCGAGCAGGCUCUCCAGCGCUGUGCUGCAGCUUCUGGAUGCGCGUGAUGGCGAUGAUGAAGCCUUGCUCCUGCUGCCGACCCAGCAAGCCUGGCAGCUGCUGCAGGCUGAGGGUGGUGCCAUGUCGUUCUCGGGCAACGGCACACACGCUGUGCGCGUGUCUGGCAUCGCCACGCUCCGACAGUACGAGCUCGUACUCGACGGCCUGUUCUAUGUGGACGGUGCUGGUGAGUUGACAGACGUUGACAGCGGCCGCGCACUUGAGCUGAGUGUCACAGACGCGCAGGGUGGACGCACGCGCGUGGAUGUGCACAUGCAGCUGCAAGCUGUCAACGACGCACCGAUCCUGACGCUGGCACCACGUGGCGCCCAGCCUGCCUUUGUGGAGGGUGGGGCGCCUGUGUCACUCGUCAACGUCUCCAACUUGGCGUUCUGGGAUGACAGCGCAAGCGUGGCCAGCAUUGAGCUGGUGCUUGCAGGCAUUUUGGAUGCCGUGACUGAGGAGCAGCUGCUGUCAUCGUUGCCUGCAUCUUCGACCACCACAACCACCACGACACUGCCCAGUGGCGGUGGUGCGGCGCGCAUUUACACGCUGGAGCUCAGCGACGGUGCGACCGUGGAUGACCUGAUGCAAGCAAUUGCUGGCGUCACGUUUGAGGACAGUGCCGACGAGCCACAGACGGGCACGCGCACGGUAGAACUGCGCGUGCGUGAUGAAGAAGGCCUGAUCUCCAAUGCUGUCUGCGUCGGUGUGUCGGUGUCCCAGGUGAACGACCGCACACCAGCGCUCAUCUCGGACACCACGAGCUUCUCUGUGGCCGAGGAGCAGGAUGCAGGACAGCUUGUUGGCACUGCCAUCUUUCAGGACGCAGACAGGGAGCCCUUUAACACAAUGACUGUGCGCAUCAGCAACGUGCGCGCCACGUCGCCGCUGGGUGUGCAAGUGCCCCUGAACGGAGCAGAGCCCUUUGCGCUCGCUGUCACAGACGACGACAUCACUGCCGACGGUGCAAGGAACGUUGAGGUGACGCUGGCAACGCAACUGUCGCUGGACAGGGAGACCAUCAGCACCUAUCGCGUCACCCUCAUUGCCGAGGACCAAGACGGGGCAGCCAGCACCACAACAUUCUCCGUGUUUGUCAGCGACAUCAACGACAACGCGCCCGUGUUCAACGCAGCCCAGUACAGCAUAUCCGUGGCUGAGGGCGUGACGCGCCAGCCGCUGCUGGUCAUGACCGUGUCUGAUGCUGACAGCGGCACCAACCGUGCCAUCAGCCCAGCCAUCCCCGCGGCCACAGGCAACCCCAACUUCCCCUUCACCGUGCAGCCCUUCCAAGCCGGUGGACGCACCAUCGUGUACUUGAAUGUGGACGGCAGCCUGACUGACUUUGACACGCAGCAGGUGUGGAACUUCACCUUGGUGGCCACGGACCGGAGCGGCAGCGCCCAGGGCAUGUCGACCUCUGUCCCUGUGAUUGUGUCGCUGACAGAUGUCAACGACGAGCCGCCCCGCUUUGCCAACACGUCCAUCGCGGUGUCUGUGUCCGAGGACGUGAGCACGCCCACUGUCAUUGCCACGCUGCACGUGGACGAUGCGGAUGUCACGCCAGGUUUCCGCGACACCGCGCUCACCGUGCAGAGCGUGGACCCUGUGUCUGGCGAGGGCCUGUUCACUGUCUCGUCGGUCACCGGCGAGGUGAUGCUUGUUGGUGAUGGCGUGGAUUACGAAGCACAGGCGUCCUACACUAUUCAGGUGCUUGCAAGCAACACGGGCAACCCUGCGCUCACAGACACGGCCACAAUCGCUGUCAGCAUUGGCAACGUGAACGACGUCACGCCAUCGCUCGUCUCCCUCACAGAGACGCCCGUGGAAGAGAAUGCCGGCAGCGGCGUUACUGUUAUCCGUGCUGACACGCCACCAACGGGUGCUGUCGUCGCUGGCACGUCAGCGUUCUCCGUGACUGUGAACCAGACGGACGCAGCCACGUUUGAGGUGGUUGUGCAGACAACAGAGAGCUUGGACUAUGAAGCCGCAAGCUCGUACUCGCUUCGCAUCCUCGUGCAGGACACCAUGACGCAGCCCGCGAUUCGCAGCCUCACCAUCGACGCCACGGUGGCCGUGGUCAACACCAACGACUUUGCACCAGAGCUCGAUGUGCCAGGCCAGGUGCUGGCGCCCGUGUCUGAGCUGGCGCAGGUGGGCGAUGUUGUGGACACGAUUCAGGCGCACGACUUGGAUGCAGUCGACACGGUCCUCACCUUUUUUGAUCUCGUUGACCGGGCAACCGGCGUUGCGCCGCCAGCGUUCAGCCUGACAGCAGAUGGGCGCGUGGUUAUUGCGGGUGCUCUCGACUACGAGACAACGCAGUCGUACUCGCUCGGGUUCAGCAUCAGCGAUGACGGAUCGCCGCAGCAGGUCACCACAGACCUGAACGUGGUUGUGAAUGUGCAGGAUGAGAACGACAACGCACCGAACAUCACCCGUGUGGAGCAGCGUGUCACCGCUGUCAGCGAAAACUUCACGGCGCUGCCAGCAGACGCGACAAGCACGCCGCUGCUCGUGGCCGCGUUGGUGGUGCAGGACGCAGACAGCGCUGCGGUGACUCAACUCUCCUUCACCAUCGUGCCCGUGUACCAAGGGUUUGCUGCGGGCGCUUAUUUCAGCGUGAACAGCACUGGGCACGUGUUCCUGACAGCGCCGCUGGAUUACGAAGAAACAGGACCCUCGGUGACUGUGCAAGUGCGCGUGCGUGACAGCGACGAUGAUGCAUCAGCGCACACGGUGCUUGUGCCCAUCACACUUGCAGUGACGGAUAUCAACGACAACGCACCGACGUUGCGCUCUGCCAACGGCACGCAGCUGCUCGUGCGCGAGAACGCGGGCCAGUGGGUGUUGCUCACCACCUUCACCAGCACAGACGCGGACUCUGGGCCGCGGGGACAAGUGCGGUUUGUGCUUGAGAGCGCGUCGCACCCGUCCCUGGUCAGCUUGAAUGCGACCACGGGCGAGCUGCGCGUUGCUGACGUGGACUAUGAGCAGGUCCAGGCCAUUACCUGCAGCGUGCGUGCUGUGGACAUGGGCGAUCCUGCACUGCAGUCACCGCUCUUGCAGUUGGACAUCGAGGUUGUGAACCUCAACGACAACCUGCCUGUUCUGACCCCUGCCUCUGUGAACGCGAGCCUGAUUGUGCCUUGGGAUACGCGUGUUGGCACGCUUCUCGCCCAACUCACUGCGGCAGAUGCAGAUGUGGCUGGCAACAACGCGGUCGAAUUUGCCGUUGUAGGCGGCAGCAGUGGCGCAGACAACGGUGGGAGCGCACCCCUCAUUGUGCUGCAAGACGGCCAGGUCCUGUUCAAUGUGUCUGGGACGUCGCGUGUGCCAACACAGCGCGUCGUUGUGGAGGCCACCGACACGGAGGUGGCUGGCGUGCGGCAAUCUGUACAGACCACAAUCGAGCUGACUGUGGCGGAUGUGGUGGCACCCAUGCUGCGCUCCAGCGUGGCUGCGUUCCAGGGCACACCGUCCCGCGCAUCGCUGAGCAUUUCGCAGGCCCUCACCUCCCUCUCCUUCAGUGAUACGCGCGCCGAAGUGGAGGCGAGUAUCGGGGAGAGAAGCGCCGCCCUUGACGUUGCCCUGCCUCCCCUCUCAUCCUCGUCGUCGCCUUCCUCAGCACCCAACGCUUCUUCGAGCGGGAGCGGCAACAGCACGUCGGCUUCCACAGAAUACGUGGUUGUCGACCUGCUGCAAGGUGAAGUGUGGUCGACCGGAGACGAGAUUGUGCUGUUCGCACACGUGCGGGGACCCGAUGGUAACCCGCGCGCUGCUGUGCGCAGCGUUCGCGUUGUGGUGCACAUGCCGGUGACGGCGAGCACGCUGGACCCGAGCAACUUCACGGCCGCGUGCAACACGUCGCAGGAAACGGGAUCGUGCCUGCUGCGGCUGACGGUGCCUUCAUCUUGGUUCUCCGUCGUCGACGCGGGCUCGAGCGAAUCCAUUCGCAUCACGGCGGCCCUGCAAGUCACCGCAGACGCUGCCGCCGCCAACAGUACGGAUGCCAACACGGACACCACAGCAACAACGUGGAACAACCUGGUGGCGGUGCUGCCACCCGAGCCACAAGAGCCGCGGACGACGCUCACCAUUGAUGUGGAGGCCAUCUUCCAAGUGCGCGUGUCCUCGCUGCAGUUCCGCGUGGCCGUGGACAACGCCAACAUCACCGACGUUGCCUUUGACGCGCAGCGGUGGGACCAGCACACGGUGGACACCACAUCCAGUCAGGCCCUCUUCUUUCUGUAUGCGUCAAAGCGCUCCAACGCGCUCCCCAAGAACGCGCGCAGAAGCGUGGUUCAAGUGACCCUUGACUUGCCGCGUGGUGUGGCACAGGACGCCGUGACCUUGUCCAUCACCGUGCAAGCGGCGACCACGCUUGAGGGCACGGCUGCCGUUCCUGCCAACACGGCUGGAGUGCUGGUGGAUGCCGAGGGCGCAUCGACUGAGGGCCGUGUGCGUCUGUUUGUGGAUGAACCUGUGCGGCUGCUGUCGUUCUCUCCACAGCACCGCCUCAUCAACACGUACUCGCUCACGGAAGACGAGGUGGCGGUGGACCUGUCCCACAUUGUGGUGUACGUGAGCGGCGAUGUGCGCACGCCAAGCGCAGACGACCUGCAGUGCUCGUCUUCGGAUGCCACCGCACUGGCCACCGCAGCCAGCUGCGAGUCUGUGCUCAUGGAUGGCAGCACCACACAGCCGUCGGCACAGGUGGAAGUGUCGAUUACGCUUGUCUCGGAGCCACAGCUCGCAACCAACCUGACCUUUGUUGUGCUGGCACCAGCGGGCGACCCGCGAGCCGUGCUCAGCCCCAGCACCACGUUGCGCGCUGUCAGCUUCUCCGCGUGCAGCAGUGCUGAUGGCACGCUGUAUCAGCAGGGCCAGCUGGAUGUGCUUGUCACCUUCACCGACAACGCAGACAUUGAGGAGGAGCUGCAAAUCACGUCUCUCGUCGCUGAUCGCCUGCAAGUGUCCAACCCAGAUGUGCUGUCGGUGGAUGAGUAUGGUGUCGUUACUGCCUCAAGCGAUGGCAUUGUCUCGAUAUCCCUCGGUGUGCCCCUCCUGCCCCUCGUCCGAGUCACCAGCGUGGAGACGGUGUCACCCGUUGGCAUUCGUGCUGCCGCCGUCGUUGACCUGCAGGCGUCUGUUGUCGCGUCUAUUUCUUCUGCUGCAACUGAAAAUGAGGACAGCGACGCCACGGCGCAGGUGGUCACCCACCUGUAUUUGGACGACGGCACGUGGAUUGCCGUCCCUGCCAGCGCCAGUGUGGUCUCGCACGCGUCCCUGAAUGAAGACGUCGUGGUCGUGUCGGAUGAUGGCGUUGUGGUGCCCAGUGGUGUUGGCGAGGGCGACUUGCUGUCUGUAACGUUUUCGCCGUGUCCGGCUGUAAACUACAGCACGACAGCAGACAUCCAAGUCACCCUGCCUGAGAUUGCCAGCGUGGAGCUUGUGCUUGAGACCACCCGCCUGCGUGUUGAAGGUGACAAUGCCGCCGCUGUGGCGGGCCUCUCGCUCAACACCACGCUGCGUGUCCUCGUGACGUUUGUGGACGGCCGCACAAAGGACAUGACCAGCAACCCGCAGACGCAGCUCACACUUGACAAUGGGCUUGUGCUCUCCGCUGAUGCUGAUGCUGGGCAGGGUGUCAUCGUGUCUGUUGCACCAGGUGCCAGCGCAGGCGCGUACAACGUGUGGGUGUCCUUUGCGAGCCUGGCUGGCACUGCCUCCACCACCAUCACGGUGGUGCAGACAACGGGGCUGCAAGUGCUGGCGACGCCGUACCCAAGGUACGCUGGCUCAGAUGCAGUGUCGCGCACGCGGCUUCGGCCCAUGGGCCAGUCUGGUGUGUACCAGCAGGCUGCGCUGGGCGUUCAGCUGCUGCUGAGCGAUGAUUCGACUGUGGACGUGACCGCAAACAACGACACGGCCGUGUUCUUGACCAACGCCACCACAGGCGACCGCCUCGCUGUUUCCAGCGUGUUUUCGCUCAACACCGAUGUCAAUGCUGGUGAUGGUGCAAGCAGUGAGUCGUUUGUACUCAGCGCAUCAAGCACGGGAGCGGAACAACGGGUCGUGAUCGCGGCCACGUUCAGCAGCGCAAGUUCGCCCACGCUGCCUGCCGAGCAAGCCUUGGUCAUCACGGCUGCCGCUGUGAACGAUGCUGUGGCAAUUGCUGCGCUGGAUAACUUGCGUGCCGUCGCACCGGGCGAGGGCGAGGGAGGCGUCGUUGAUGUGGACGUGGUUUCAGGUGUGCGAAACACCACUGCGGCGCGGGUGACGUGUGACGUCGUGUUUGCGGACGGAUCCCGGUACCCGAGCGUGGUGUCGCCGGCAACAGGUGAUGUUGCCGUUGAAGGCCUGGUGUCAUUCACAUCCACAACGCCGAGCGUGCUGGAGGUUGGCGCGUCUUCGGGCGCCCUUACACCGCUGCAAAAUACACGCUUCUCCGUGUGCAUUGUUGCCGACGCGCUUGGCGUGUCCAGCCUCGUGUCGGAGGCCAUUGGCCUCACCGUGAACUUGCAGCCGGAUAUGGGCGACGUUGACUUUGGCCAGCAAUCGGGCCUGACCUUCUCUGGCGCCGUGCUGGCGCAGGAGUACGGCUUUGCUGUGCGCUUCAACCCAAGCUCCCAGCGGCUCGCCUCCCUCGACAUGGUGGUGGAGCUGCCGUUGACGCUGCUCACCUUUGAGCGGUUUGUGCCCGCCACAAACGUGUCCGUGGUCUCGUCUGCCGGAUCCACUGAUGAGCACAUAUUCAACCUCACCGUCAGCUCACCUGCUGCUGCUGCUGCUGCUGCUGGGGACGAUGGCAGCGUGUUGUUGGGCACUGUCGUAGUUGUUCCGAAGCGCACGUCCCCAACAGCAACCGUGAGCGGCAGAGUGCUGAGCGCACGCGACGAUUCAGGAAGCAGUAUUGGAGCGCAGCCCCAUCCCAUCAUCGCAGGUGAGGCAGAGCUGCCCGUGAGCAUGAGUGGAGGAAGCAGCGGGGCUGGUGACGAUCCCAGCACUGCUGAUGGUGCACCAGGUGCAACCAUUCCCUCCCCUGCUGAAGUCAUCCACGCAGGGAAGCGUGUGCGCCGAAACACGGUGAAGAUGGACGAUUGCGGCAGCGGGGGCCGCCCGCGCGGAGACGUGAACGGCGACUGCGUGUUUGACGGUGCGGAUGGCGACUUGCUCAUGCUCUAUCUCGUGCACGCUGCGAGCGGCUUCACGCUGGAGGACAGCGAGAUGGUGCGCAAUGCGGUGGUGGAUAGCGAGCUGGAUGUCAAUCGCGACGGAACCGUGGACACGCGUGAUUUCAUUGCGCUGCAGAACUUCCUCAACAAGCGUGCGGAGAUCCUGACAGAGGCCGCCGUGAGCACGGUGGACUCGCCACUCACAUCAUGCAGCCUCAACAUCACCGCCACCUUGUCUGGCAGCAACACCCGCAUCGACCUGUUUGUGGACUUGGCAUCCAACGAUCCUGCCUUCCAGCAGCAGUUCCACGACAGCACGUACAUGGACCCGGGCACCGGCGAGGCGCUGGUCACGGUGAACAGGACCGCGGGGCCUUAUGGCGGCCUGGUGCGCCUGGCGCCUGCUGCGGGUGUGAACGCCACGUUUGCGCUCACAAGUGCAUCUGCGUUCAACCUCACAAACAUUGGCGUGUCCUUUGUGCAAGUAUCGAACCAGAACGAGAGCGACCCCAGCCAGGCCUUUGUCACGCUGCACGUCGGAACAUCGUCAUCAUCGUCAUCGUCAUCAUCUGUGGUGUACGAGGGCGACUUGCUGGCCGUGCUGCCGCUGACCACGAGCACCAACGCAACCGUGUUUGUGCCAUCAGAGUACUCGCCCCUGCAUCUGGUGAACAACACACUGCCAACGGCGUACUGUGUCAACGACUACACGCCGGAGUUUUCAGCCAGCGCCUAUGCGGUGAAUGUGUCCGAGACCCUCUCGGAUCAAGUCGUGCUCGCGCUGUCUGCGGUUGACGCGGAUCUCGGCGACAACGGGCGCGUGCGCUACGCCCUUGUCUCUGGGGAUCCAUUUGGCAACUUCAGCAUCGAUCCUGUGAGCGGCGAGCUGCUCGUGCACAGCGUUGACUAUGAGGUGCAAACGGCAUACACGCUUGAGAUUGCAGCCAGCGACCAGGGCCCAGACUUGCAGCACACAAGCACGGUGACUGUGGAAGUCAGCGUUGUCGAUGCCAACGACAACUCGCCCGUGUUUGCAAACGCAAACCCACCCGGCAGCAACCAGUUUGCGUUUGCCGUUUCGGAGAACGUGACGCUGCCACACCUUGUGGGCGUUGUUUGGGCAACGGACGAUGACAGCGGUGCAAAUGGCCGCGUGUCGCUCGCGCUGGAGACCGUCCCCCAUACCAACGCCAGCCUGUUUUCACUCGACACGGCCACGGGCGAGCUGUGGCUGGUGCAGAACGUCGAUUUCGAAGACACGGGCGCGUCCUCGCUGCUCGUGCUUGUGUCUGCGACAGACGCGGGCGUGCCGACGCCGCGCAGUGUAACGGCCAGCGUGCGCGUGUAUGUGGAGGACGUGAACGACAACGCGCCCGUGUUUGACGAGGACGCUUACGCAGCCUCGCUUCCGGAGACCACGCCAGUUGGUACGCCCGUGCUGACCGUGAGCGCCACAGACCUGGACGUCAACGACGACAUCUACUUCUUCUUGGAGCCUCCGUCGAACCCGAGCCACGCCGGCCUGUUUUCCAUCAACGCCACCACGGGCGUGCUGCGCGUUGCGUCUGAGCUUGACUACGAUGUGGCGGGCCUGCGCACCGUGCAGCUGCUGGUGACGGCGUCCAACAGCAAAGCGGGCCAGCGGCCCACCCUGCCCGUGCCCGUCAGCAUCACCGUGACCAACGUGAACGACGAGACACCGACCUGGGACCACCCGACCACACUGGUGCUGGACGUUUCAGAGGACACCGCGCCGGGGUCCGUGCUGGUGCAGGUGAACGCCACGGACGCGGACGAGGGCAUUGCCGGCAUCCCGCGCUACUUUGUGCGCACAAUCUCGCCCACAGACGCGGUGGAGGUGAGCCUGGACGCGCUCUUUGGUGUGCUCACGCUGCAGUCGCCCCUGGACAGGGAGGCUGUGGACACCAUCACCAUCACCAUUGGCGCCACGGACCUCGGCACGCCGCCCAUUGUGGCGCAGGACCUGACUGUGGUCAUAGCCGUGCAGGACGUGAACGAGUUCCCGCCAGUGUUCUCACAGGCGACAUACGCCUUGAGCGUGGCGGAACGCAACACCCCGGCGGAGGAGAGCAUUGGCGCCGUGAGCGUGAGCGACAGGGAUGUGGGGGACAACGCAGCUGUGGGCUUCUCCAUCGUCUCUGGGAACUCCAACGGCGCGUUUGAUGUGAACGCCACGGGUCACGUGCUUGUUGUCGGCACGCUGGACCGCGAGACGCAGGCGUUCUAUCGCCUGGUUGUGCGCGCAGAGAACACCGCAUCGCCGUUCUUCUCCGCACAGGCGGUCGUCACCGUGAAUGUCACAGACAUCAAUGACAACGCGCCAGACUUUGGUCAGGCGCAGUUCACCGUCGAGGUGUCUGAGGCCGCAGCGUUCAACACGAUGCUUGCGCUGCCCACAGCGGUGGACUACGACCUGGGCAACGCGUCACGCGUGUCCUACAGCAUCGCGCAAUACGAGCUGUCUCGCCUGCCGUUCCUGUUCAACACGACCGACCGAGAGCGGCCGUCGCUGACGCUCGUCACUGCUCUCGACCGCGAGGCAAACGACACGUACACGUUCAGCCUUGUCGCGCGCGAUGCGGGAAGGCCACAGCUGAGUGGCGCCGUCCUCGUCAGCGUGCGCGUGACAGAUGUCAACGACAACCGCCCGCUUCUCGUCGCAGAGGGCAGCACGAACGUGACUGUGCCGGAGGACCUUGCAGUCGGUAGCGUGCUGGCGUUUGGCCUUGCUGCCACAGAUGCCGAUGAGCCAAACACCGCAAACAGCGCCGUUGUUGUGGAGCUGCUGGACCCGUCCGAGCUGUUCCGCGUUCACGCCAACGGCACGGUGGAGCUGGUCGGUGCACUUGACUACGAAACGACACGCGAGCAUGUGCUACGCGUGCAGGCGCACGACAGCGGAUCACCGCAACUCUCGUCCUCCGUUGUGACCCUGCGCGUCCUUGUGACCAACGUGCGCGAUGUGGCGCCAGAGUUUACCCAGCCCUUGUUUGAGUGCAGCCUGCGCGAGAAUGCGACGCUUGGGUCUGUGUGCGGGUCUGUGGUUGCCAUGGAUGUCGAACAAGGCGACACGGUGCGCUAUGCGUUUGCUCCCAACUUCUCCUCCCCCGUCUUCGCCGUGAACGAGUCGACGGGUGCUGUGUCGCUCACCGCUCCACUGGACCGCGAAACCACGGCAACGUACCUGCUCGCGUUUGUGGCCUCGGACGACGCCAACCUGGCGAGCACGCAGCCUGGGUUCAUGCGGGUGACGGUGCAGGACGUCAAUGAUCAAGUGCCCGUCUUCACCGACGACAUGUACGCGUGCUCCAUCUACGAGAACGCCAGCAUUGGCGACGCGUGCGUGCGUGUGCUGGCUGUGGAUGGGGACGAACCAGGCAACGCAAACGCCCGCGUCACAUACACGCUCGUGUCCAGCAACUCGACCUCCUUUGGCGUCAACGCCACCACGGGGGACAUCUACGUGCGUGAGCCCCUGAAUCGCGACAGGCAAGAGGUUGCAGUCAUGACCGUGCGUGCCCGCGACAACGGCAGCCCGCCGCUUGAGGCACCUGAGCUCGCCACCGUCCGUGUGCAGGUCCUGGACGUGAACACAGAGAACCCCAUCUUCGACCAGCUCAACUACACCUGCGCCAUCCGGGAGAAUUUGCCUGCUUGGCAGCUGUGCACGGUUGUGCACGCCGACGAUGCGGACAUUGGCGCCAACGCGGCCGUGUCUUAUCGCCUUGUGCUUCCCAGCGCCAACCGCACCAGCGUUGUCGGUGGUGGUGGUGGUGAAGGUGAUCUGGCCUUGCCGUUUGCUCUCAACGCCACAUCUGGGCAGCUCACGACCACGCUGGAGCUGGAUCGAGAGACCAUCUCCAACUACACACUGUACGUUGAGGCGUUUGAUGCCGGCAUCCCGCCGCGAGCCAGUAAAAACCUUGCACGCGUUAGCAUCACGGUUGUGGACGAGAACGACAACUCGCCCCAGUUUGCGGCUGCCUCGUACGCGUGCUCCCUCGUGGAAAACAGGACGGCGCUGCAAGUGUGCUCGCCAGCCUCGGCCUCGCUGCGCUUCUGGGAUGUAGACCAAGCCAACACACCAAACUCGGAGAUUACCGUCACCUUUGCCGAUGCCCGCUUCUCUUGGAACGGCACACACGUGCUCUUCUCGCCCAUGUCCGGCCCCGCUGGUGACGGCGUGCUUGAUCGCGAGCAAGAGGGCGCCUUCACCGUGAACAUCACUGCCACAGAUGGCGGCGGCCGUGCAACGACGGUGCCGCUGUACAUCACCGUGCUUGACGUGAACGAUGAAGCGCCGCGUGCUGUGAGUGUGCCGCCCUGCCAUGUGCUGGAGCGGGAUGGGGCUGGCGCCACUGGUAUCGCUGGCGGUGAGAGGCUUGUGUCCUGUGGACGUGUUGUGGCCACGGAUGACGAUGCGGCGAACACGCCAGCAUCAGCGCUCACGUAUUCAAUUGCAGGUACAACAGCGCCCAGCGAAUGGGGUGUUGGCGCCAACCCGAUUGUCGCCAUCAACAGCAGCACGGGUGCCCUUGUGCUCAACGCAACUCUGUUUGAUCGCGAAGUGCAGUCUUCCUUUGUUGUUAUUGUUGUGGUGAGCGAUGCUGGCAUGCCCUCGCUCUCCACGCGCAUUCCUGUCGACGUCGUCUUGGAUGACGUCAACGACAACGAGCCAGAGUUUGUGCUUGCAGGCAAUGCGACAGGUGAAGCGCCAGUAUACACGUGCGAGAUUGCUGAAUGGGAUGCGCGCAUCAACGCCACCGCCAGCGCUGCCCCGCCUGUCGAAUGCUCCGCGCCCGUGUUUGCACGCGAUGCUGACGCAGGCCUGAACGCCGUCGUGCGCUAUGCUCUCGUCAACGCCACGGGGUUCCCCAUCACCAGCGAUGAAGACGAAAACGCAGACACCAACACCACCACUUCCACCACCACCUCGCCGUCGCUGCUGUUCACGGUGAAUGCAACGACGGGCGUCGUGUCCACGCGAGGCGGUGCAUCAGCAGCACUGCUGAACAGAGAGCAACAGCCAGUGUUUGUGGUGUAUGUUGGCGCGUACGACCUUGGCUCACCGACAUCGCUGUCAGCCGCAGAGCCUGCGCGGGUGGACGUGGUGCUGACGGAGGUGAACGAAUACGCGCCCGAGUUUGACCGGGAGCUUGUGGAAGCGGGUGCCGUGUGCUAUGUCCCUGAGAACAGCGCCGGGUACCAGUGCCCAGAACCCUUUGCCGCCACGGACGCGGAUAGCAGCGACUCGCCGCUGGGGAACGUGUGGUACGCGCUUGAGCCUGCGGCCGACGGCUCCGAUGCUCUCUUUGCUGUUGACGCCGCGACCGGUGUUGUGUCAGUUGCCGACAACGGCCUGAAUCGUGAAGCGCGCGCAGCGUACAACCUCACGCUGCGAGCUGAAGAUGGCGGCGGCAUGUUUGCGUUGCUCCCAGUGCUCAUUGUUGUUGUGGACGGCAAUGACGAGACGCCCGUGUUCACAACAGCAAACGCAUCGUGCACGCUGUGGGAGGACGCGGCCAUCGGCGUGUACUGCGACACGGUCGCAGCUGUGGACGCCGAUGCCACCAACAACACCGUGACGUACAGCGUUGCCGCCGUUGUUGUGCUCGACCCUGCGGCUGACGCCCCUUCGGUUCCAGUCAGCACGUUUGCUGUUGACCCCAGCACGGGCAAUGUGACCGUUGCUGGGCCGCUGGAUUACGAGCUGUACCAGCAGCUUGCCGUGGUUGUGCGCGCCACAGAUGCCGGGUUCCCUCCGCGCUACAGCGAAACGCGCGUCACUGUGACGCUGCUGGACCGCAACGACAACGCUCCGGCGUUCAGCGCCAGUGCCUUUAGCUGCGCCAUUGCAGAGAACACGACGGGCGCGUGCGAGCUCACACCACCUUUGCAGGUGACAGACGCGGAUGCACCGGACACGCCAGCGUCCACCGUGUUCUUUGAGCUUGAGGGCAGCCUUGCCUCUUCCUUCGCGCUGAACGAGACCACUGGCGCCAUUACCCUGACACGCCCGCUUGACCGGGAGACGAUUGGUAACACGGUGCCGCUGACGCUGCGCGCAACCAACACGGACCUCCAGCAAACGUCGAGCGUAUCUGUGACGGUGCGUCUUGAGGACCGCAACGACCAGGCGCCCGUGCUGCUGAACACGCCAUACGCGUGCGCCGUGUAUGAGGACGCGAGCGUGGGAACAGAGUGCAUGCUGGUGCAGGCGAGCGACGCGGACGAACCGAACACCGUCAACAGCAGGAUCACGUACACGCUGACAGGGUCGAGCCUGUUUGCCAUCAACGCCAGCACGGGUGCUGUGGUGGUGAAUGGCGCCCUUGAUCGGGAAACAACGCCAAGCCUCGUGCUUGCUGUCACGGCAACAGACAACGGGAUUCCUGCCAUGCAGGCCAGCGCGAGCAUUGCCGUGACCAUCCUGGACGUGAACGAUGAAGCGCCCGUGUUCUCGCAGCCGAGCGGGUAUGCGUGCAGCUUUGAGGAGAACGCCGAUGGUGCGGGCUCGCUCUGCACAACUGUGAGCGCGACUGACAGAGACGCAGGUAGCAACGGUGCAGUCUCGUUUGCGCUUGAGGACGACAUGGGCGGACGCUUCGUUGUUGGCGAGACCACCGGUGUCAUCACCAUCACCCGCGCACUGGAUCGUGAGGUUGCAUCUGACUACACGCUGCGGGUUGUUGCCAGCGAUGGCGGCACCGUGAGCAUGACGGCGGUGGCCGAGGUGCAGGUGACGAUCCAGGAUCAAAAUGACAACGCCGCAGAGUUUGAGCUGGCGUCAUACGCGUGCGAUGUGCCGGAGAAUGCGCCCAGCGGUUACACGUGUGUGACUGCACGCGCGUCUGACAUUGACCAGCCGGGAACACCGCAGUCCACGGUGAUCUACACGCUACACGGUGCUGGCGCGACCAUGUUUGCCAUUGACAACGCGACUGGUGAAAUCACCACCACAACACCGCUCGACCGUGAGACCAACGCGUCCUUUGCGCUUGUUGUGCGCGCACGCGAUGCAACAGAGCCUGCGCCGCUGACAACAGAGGUGGCCCUUGUAGUCACCGUGCUUGAUGUCAACGACAAUGCGCCUGCCUUCGCUGCUGAGGAAUACGAAUGCACGUACACAGAGUGGCCGCAGACGGAGCGGGAAUCGAGCAGCAGUGGUGACGGUGACACUGUGUUUGCGCGCUGUGGUCCUUUCGUUGCCACAGACGCUGAUGCUCCAGAGACGCCAGCGUCAAACGUCACGUACGAGCUCAUCCCUGACACUGUUGAUGCUGCUGAUGAUGAUAGCGCGCUGAGUGCGAUGGACCUGUUCACGGUGGACGCCACCACGGGUGUUGUGCGCCCCGUGCCGCAUGUGCGGUUUGAUCGCGAAGAGCGUGCGUCGUACUCGCUCGUGCUGGUGGCGCGCGAUGCUGGCGAACCGCAACUGGAAACAAGCGCCCGCAUCACGGUGACCAUCGACGACAUCAACGACAACACGCCCGCGUUUGCUGCCGACGUGCUUCGCUUCACCUUCCCCGAAACGAUGGCGGUGGGCGCAGUGCUGACAACGCUGGAGGCCACGGACGCGGACGCUGGUGGCAACGGGCAGCUGGCGUUUUACCUUGUGGACGAUUUCUCCAACGGCACCGUCCAGCUGGCGAGCAACGGCAGCCUGGUCCUGCUGCGUCCGCUCGACUACGAUGUUCUGUCACGGUUUUCGCUGACGGUCGGGGUGGCGGACAGCGGGGCACCGCGGCGCUUUGCGCUGGCGACGGUGGAGGUGGCUGUGCAGCCGUUUGCGCUUGCCAUGAACAGCACCAGCAUCUGGCUGGACUGGUCGCUGUACUUUGACACACCGGCAGAGUUUAUCCGCAACACACUCGUGCGACGCGAGGCGCAGCAGUGCAACGCAGGCUACCCGGACGAGAGCGAUGGCUGCAACACGCGCUCCGUGAGCAUCUUCACGACGCGUGACGUGAACAGGACCACUUACGUGGACACGGGCCUCAAGCCAGCCACGGUGUACGAGUACCAGCUGUGGACAACGACACUCACUGGUGGUUCGUCGUCAACGCGGUGGUUUGCACGCGCAACGCUGGACGGCGUGCCUGAAGCGCCGGCAACGCCCGUGAUUGUGCAGGUGAAUGAGACGCACGUGCAAGUCACGUGGUCGCGCCCUACAGCGUCGCAUGGCCGCAUUGAGCGGUUCGAGCUUGUGGCGAGUGCACAGCUUGCUGCAAACAGUGCCGCUGCCACCAACAGCAGCAGCAGCAGUCAAAACGAUGGCGCUCGGCGGCGUCGCGAUGUGGUGUCCAUCACCCCAGAUCAGGGCGACGUUGUGCUGUACUCGGGCUCUGAUGAGACGGUUGUGAUUGGCCCCUUCUCCGCAGACUACGUCUACAGCUUCUACGUUGUCGCCUACACCAGUGCUGGUGGCACUGCCUCGCCAUCGACCACUUUCCAACCCGACCCGGAAUUCGGAGCGACGACAUCUUCUGCCGUGGCGCUGCCUGCAGCGGGUGUCAUCGCACUUGCUGGCGUUGGCGCCCUCAUCAUGGUGGUGGUUGUCAUUCUUCUAUCCGCAAGCCGUGCGAAGAAGAGCAAGGCGCUGAACACGCCACAAGUUGCUCCAGACACGGGACCGUCCUCCAUCGUGCGAGACGUUGAAUACGACGUGGAGAUGCGACCGAUGGGCCGGUCGGCGUGGACGAGCCCAGCACUGCUCAAGGCAUACGAGCAGCAGAAGAAGGGCGAGAGCGCCGCCGCGUUUGAGGGUGGCGAGGAAACGGAUGUCGAUCCACAUCGCCGCGAGAAGAAAACCAAGAAGAAGAGCAAGCGGAAAGGCAAGCACGCAUACGAGCACGACGACGACGACGACGAUGACGAUGUUCAUCGUCACCACCACCACCACCACCACCACCACCACCACCGCCAUCCACGCGUGACCACUGUGGACAUUGAGCGUAGCCGCAGCGAGGGUGGUGCGGAUGAAGGGCAAGGCCCAUCGUCGCGCCCUCGCCUGGAGAACCAAAUGGACACGCUGGAGAUGCUUGAUCGCGCACACCGCACGUCGAGGAAUUCGCUGUUCGACUCGCGCCGCUCGUCCUUCUACAACUUGGGCGAUGCGCAGCCGGGCACGACGCUGGCAGAGACAUCGUUCACCCCGAUGAGCGGCAUUCGUGAGAGCGACACGGACGCGGACGGGCACGCGCACAUCCACGAGACCAUCCUGCACCACGGCGGGCCUGACACCGUGUCUGUGACGUUUGAGUUGGAUGGCACUGACUACGAGUGCGAGUACGCGCCCGACCUGCGCCUGACACGGCCCGUGCCGCCGUACACGUUUGGGACGUGCGUGCACGCACGCGACAUGGGGGCGCACCUGAAGCUGCUGGAGUCUGAGGACGCGUUCAAGGACAUGCUGGCAGUGAGCCAGAGCAGGGCGCGCUGCACGAAGCCGCACCGCGCGGCAAGCGAGUACGCUGAGCUGAACCGCAACAGGGACUAUGUGCCGUUUGACUUCAACCGCGUGCGCGUGCCCAUUGAGGGCAUGGGCGACUACAUCAACGCCAGCUUUGUUGAGAGCUACGACCACCCGAAAGGGUUUGUGCAGGCGCAGACGCCGCUUCCGCCGUCCUGGAGCUCGUUCUGGCGCAUGUGCUUCCACUCCAAAGCGCAGCUGGUGGCGGUGCUGGACUCCACCCCCGGCAACGAGUACUGGCCGGCGCACGAAGGGUACGCUGUGCCGUACGGCAGCAUGCUGGUGGAGGUGUGCAGCGUGGAGCAGAAGGAAGAGUGGGUGGUGCGGGAGAUUAAGAUGCAGCACCGCCACACGGGGCGCGUGGCGACAAUCACGCAGCUGCAACUGCUGACGACAGACCCGACGCAGGUGACACCGGCCAUGUUUGCGCGCUUUGCAGCGGCGUGCCUCGUGCACAUCAACACGGGCCUGCACGAUCGCACGGAGUGUGUGGUGCACGAUGCGCUGGGCGGCGGCCUGUCGUCGAUGCUGAUGGUGUGCAUGACUGGCAUGCGAAGCAUGCUGGAGACGGACUACGUGGACGUGCCUCGCAUCCUCACCAGUAUGCUUGGCAAGCGGCGUUACUUCAUGCCCAGCCCCGUGCAACUGCGCUUCGUUUACCAAGUCCUGGCGCACUUUGCCAAGGUGCUGCAAAGGGAGACGUCCCCAGACGUGCGUGGCAACGGCAGCAGCGACAACGGUGGUGGUGACGGCGAUAGCGAAGGCGAAGACGCGUCGGCUGACAGUGUCAUUGCUGAGGCCGUACACAAAUUCCGAAGCAAGGCAGUGCACACCUCUGUGUUGCAGGAACUGCUGAAUAUGCCGCACACCAUUGACGAAGGCAGUCCGACAACAACAGCGUCGACGCCACACAGUGGCCAUCACCACGGCCACGGGCACGUGCACUUUGCGAGCGAUGUUGGUGACGAGCCGCCAACCAUGAGCACAAACGCGCUCUACGCUGGUGCACGACAGCAGCAUCCCAGCCACGGCCACGCGGAGCACCAUACACACACUGGACAUCAUGGGCACGGCCAGCAACAGCACCAGCACCAGUCGGGUCGUGAGCGCAGGCGGCAGGAAGAGGAGGAUGAUGGCAUUCCGUACUUGAUUCAACGCACCAUCCCGCCGCCGCCACCACCGCCUGCAUUCUCGGAUCCUGGUCAUGCGAGGGGAUAUGACAUCAUCCACGACAUGCAACAUCCUGGUCAGCAUCACCACCAGCGACGUGGCGAGCACGGCCAUGAUGAUCGUGAUGGAGAUGCAUCUGCCACCAGCAGCGUGCACAUGUUCACGACUGCGCUUGGAUAUCAUGGUGAGGCGUUGAACUACGACGAAGACACGGCCCUGUAGCACUAGGGAGGGGGUGGAGAAAGUGUAAAGCGCUGGGGUUAGUGUGUGCACGGUGAGUGUGUGUGUGUGUGUGUGUGUGUGUGUGUGUGUGUGUACGGUGUGUGUGUGUGUGUUUGGUGUGUGUGUGUGUGUGUUUGUCUGUGCGCGCGCAAGGGUGAGUUCGAGAGAUUGUGAGAGAGUGAACAGGUUGAGACAGAGAGAGGUGGGGGAAAGAGGAAAUGGCCGGGGGUAAGCGGAUGAG